CUCGUGUGGUAAAUUUUUUAUCCCUAACGGAAAAAUUUCGUCGAAGAAGUCGGAGAACCAUUAAAGACUACAUACUUUUUUAUAUCAAAACUUUCUUCGAAAAUUAAAAAUUUUCACGCUUUAAUGUUUCAAGAAUGAGUUCAUCAAAUGAGGACGAACGCAUUAUAUUAAACGUUGGUGGUAUCAAGUAUGAAACAUACAAAUCAACAUUAGCGGCUUAUCCCAAUACGUUUCUUGGAGCGAUGUUUCAAGAAAGGAAUCAGCAGUUACGUCAUCCAACAAAUGGAAAUGAAUAUUUCUUUGAUCGUAACGGUUAUGCAUUCCGUUACAUUCUCGAAUUUUAUCGAAAUGGAAAACUCUUGUUGCCAGAUUUUAAAGAUAAUGACAUUUCAGGACAUGGAUUAACUAAUGUUUCAUACAAGGAAUUGUUACAAGAAGUUGAUUAUUUUCAGAUCCCAAUUGAAGAUAAUUUGGAAGAUUUUCCUUCUAAUGAGGAAUUGGCCAAAAUAUUAGAUGGAUUUAUUCAAACAUUAAAAAAAUGCAUUCAUCAUUUAAAAAGGGAGUUUGUUAAAGGUUUAUAUCAAUUUGUUAUAGUUUUUUAUGAAGUACCAUGCAUUAAUAUUUCAAUGGAAGUAAUAAAUUAUUACACAGCUCCCGGUAAUAAUACUAUAAUUAAAUUAUUAAAACCUUAUUCAGCUUGUGCUUAUAGCAUAUUAGACCUAUAUGGAGAUAAGAUUACUGAUAAAUUUAAUUCUAGAGAUGACUUAUAUAUUAGCUUAAUUGAUUGUAAUGUUCCUUCCCCUGCUCAUGGUAAAGUAAAAGUCUUACAUAUCUAUCUAGAUGCUAGUUUCUUUGAUACUGAAAAUGUUCUUAAACACUCAAAAGAAUUAAAUUAGUAGUUUUAUUAUUUCUUUAUUUGUAAUUUUCUUGAUAAUUUUCUUUUAACUUUCUUGAAUAAAUUCCAUUUUUUGUACAUACAUUGUUAUAUGAUUUAUAUAAUACAUUUUUUAUUUCGUAUAUCUAGUGUAAGGAAAAUUUCCAUAUAUACUUGUUGACAGUCUAUUAGCAGGGCCACAAAAUCCAAGAUCACUAAUAACCCAAGUA